ACUAACUUGAUCCAGAUCUGAAUAUUAGGUAAAACCUAUAUUUUAAAGCAGAAACAUUAAAGAACAGUAAAGUACAGAAAUGGGAACAAAGAAGAUCUACUGGAGUCCCGCCAGGGCAAUCAUACCAGAGAUUGAGACGGGCGAAAAAAAUAUUUGGCGCAAACCAUUUACACCAACUUACGAACAGGAGCAACCUCAAAUGGGCUUGAUUCUGUCCUGGCACUACGGUCGGCAGUGGCUGGAGGAGCGACGGAACCAUCAGGAGAAAACCAGGAAAAAGAUGAAGAAAACCGCCAAGUUUAUUGCCCCAGACUUCACCAGUUGGCUUGAGAAACGCAAGCGAAACAAAACUAGACAACAGCUGAUCAAAACCUAGUUUGGUUUAUUUCUGUUAGUUACAAUUUUUGAUUAUAAAAUACCCUGAAAAGUCUCAAAAAUAUCAAUCAAUUAUCUGCAAAGAGUCUUAACUUUUUGUAAAAAAAUUAUCUUAAUGUGUAAAAUAAAAAAACAUACAUACAACUUAA